AUGGAGGGAGAGGAGCAAUUCGAAGAUAAUGGGCUUCCUGGCCCUGGUGCCCCAACCCCGCUUUCCGCGCUCGACGGUGUUUCUGGCUUGACUGCUAGGGACAUUAAGUUGUUCGUGGAUGCAGGGUAUAACACUGUCGAGUCUGUUGCCUACACGCCCAAGCGGUUGUUGGAACAGAUCAAGGGUAUCUCGGAACAAAAGGCCACCAAGAUCCUAGUAGAAGCCUCAAAACUGGUGCCCAUGGGGUUCACAACGGCAACCGAAAUGCAUGCCCGAAGAAGCGAGCUCAUCUCGAUCACAACGGGAUCCAAGCGACUGGACACAUUACUCGGAGGUGGUGUUGAAACGGGAUCGAUCACGGAGAUUUUCGGAGAGUUUAGAACGGGAAAGAGUCAGAUUUGUCAUACUCUCGCGGUGACCUGUCAGCUCCCUUUUGAUAUGGGCGGCGGUGAGGGCAAGUGUCUUUACAUCGAUACAGAGGGAACUUUCCGUCCAGUGCGACUGCUUGCAGUCGCGCAGCGAUACGGUCUUGUUGGAGAGGAGGUCCUCGAUAAUGUGGCAUAUGCACGAGCAUACAACUCAGAUCAUCAGCUUCAGCUGCUUAACCAGGCCUCCCAGAUGAUGUGUGAGACGCGAUUCUCUCUCUUGGUGGUUGACUCGGCAACAUCUCUAUACCGGACAGAUUUCAACGGUCGUGGUGAGCUCGCCUCACGGCAGACCCAUUUGGCUAGGUUCAUGCGUACAUUGCAACGCCUUGCGGAUGAAUUUGGCAUUGCAGUCGUGAUCACAAACCAGGUCGUUGCCCAAGUUGAUGGUGGGCCCAGUGCCAUGUUUAACCCGGAUCCCAAGAAACCUAUUGGUGGUAAUAUCAUUGCUCAUGCCAGUACCACUCGUCUCAGUUUGAAGAAGGGCCGUGGUGAGACUCGAAUUUGCAAGAUUUAUGAUAGCCCUUGUCUUCCAGAGAGCGAUUGCCUUUUCGCCAUCAAUGAUAAUGGUAUUGGUGAUCCUAGUGAAAAGGACUUGGAGGAUAAGUGA